CAUCGAUCCCAGCAAUGAUUGAUUUAUUAAUAUAAAAAAUUUUUAAUUUUGUUUUUUCUGCUCAAGAACUGCUAGUAGUUUUCAUGUGUGCUCUCUGUUAGUAGUGCUUUGAGUAAUUGUUGAGUAUCAUCAGUUAUUACAGAAUCACAUCUCAGACAAACAAUUCGCUUUCUUUAUUUUUUUAUUUAAUGUAUGCAAAAAUGUUUAAAUGUUUUUAGUAUUCUAAAAAUUAAAUAACAUAGAAAGGGGGAAAAGAUAUAAGCAAAUCAGGUUUGAUUAGUAGGGUAACGUUUUGUUAAUGAAAUGUAAAUUUACAAUGGUAAUGUUUGAGUAAUAUUGAGUAUUCCAGAUGUUGUUAUUUUGACUGAGCUUGGGCCAACCCAGCCCAUUUGUUGGCCCAAUUAUUCUUAGGAUAUGAUGAUAGUGUCAGGCUGAAUGAACUAAUGUAAUUGAAAUGUUUGUGUUCAUCUGAAUCUUGUGUAUUUUGCAUUGAUACAUGAUGCAAUAAACAUACAAGUGUUCUCUUCUGAUCUAUGGUACUUAUGAUACCGGAAACUUCAAAAAUGGAAAAGUAGUCAUGUUGCACGUCAGAUAAUACUCGUUGGUCUCGAUACAUAUCCAAAAAUUGUGAGGCAGGAUGGUUGAUACCCUCGAAGAAGACAAAGUAGCAGUGACUCCUGAUAUGAAAAAGGAUCCAGUUGAUACUGAUGCUCUACCCAGCAAUGAUCUUGCAGAGUCUGAAACACUGCCAGGCAGUAGUGUGGAAAAGUCCGAGUCUGAGCCUAACAAAGAUCUGUCCAAUUUGGAAACACAGCAUAACAAGGAACUUGCUGCUUCUGAAACACUGCCUACUAAUGGUGAAGCAGUAACGUUAACCAACCAACAUUUGGUCACCUCUGAAGAACCUGCAAUUGACAAUCCAGAGAUUUGUGAAUCACUAACCAGCAACCAGCCAGACAAUGCUGAAGCCUUACAGAGCAGUCAGAUAGUUAAUUCUGAGGCACCACACACCAAUCAGUCAGCCAACUCUGAAGCUUUAUCUGACAGUCAGUAUGUUAGUUCUGAAGCAUCUCUUGAUAAGAAUAAUGAGUUAUUGCCUAACCAAUCCAUAAGUAAUUCUGAUAUACAAACUGGUAAAGAUGUGGUUGUAUCUGAAACCCAGCAGACUGAUGAGGUGGUUAUGUCUGAAACUGUGCAAGGCAAUGAGAGUAUCAUGUCUGAAACUCAGCAAGGCAAUGAGGUGGUCAUGUCUGAGACACAGCCUGACAGUGAUGCAAACAUGCCUAAAACUCAACAAAGCAAUGAGGUGGUCAUGUCUGAAACACAGCCCGACAGUGAUGCAAACAUGCCUAAAACUCAGACAUGCAAUGAUGUGGUCAUGUCCGAACCUCUGCCUGAAAAUGAGUUGGCCAAUCCCACAACACAUCCUAACAAUCAGCUCUCUCAUUCUGAAACUGGUCAUGAUAAUCAGUUCACAGAUAUCCAUACAAGUCCUGUAGAUCAGCUGCCUCAACAUGAAUCACUGCCUCAUUCAGAACCACUACCCAAUUCUGAACCACUUGCAGAUACUCAGACAUGUAAUGAUGAGGUCAUGUCAGAACCUCUGCCUGAAAAUGAGUUAGCCAAUCCUACAACAGAUUCUGCCAAUCAGCUCUCCCAUUCUGAAACUGGUUCUGUUAAUCAGUUCACAAAUCUCCAUAUGAUUCCUGAAGAUCAGCUGCCUCAACCUGAAUCACUGCCUCAUUCAGAACCACUACCCAAUUCUGAACCACUUGCAGACACUCAUCUGACAGACAUCAAAGUAAUAUAUCAUAAUCAUCUGACCCAUUAUGAAACACUGCCCAACAACCAUGCAAACCAGUCCGAGGCAUUAUCACAAAAUCAGCUAUCUAACUCUGAAGCAUUGUCCCAUGAUCAUCUGGUCAAUUCCGAAAUGCUGCCUCAUUAUGAGCUAGAAAAUAGUGAAAUAAUGCACCACAAUCAGAUGGUUAAUUCUCAAACAAACUAUGAAAUGACCGUUUCUGAUGCCAUACCCAGCUAUGAGAUAAUAAAUGCUGAGACACCACUGAACAGUGAGGAUCGUACCCCAGAAACACAGCCUACUAAGCGGAGGAAAAAGAAGUCUAUAGUCUGGGAACACUUCACUAUAGAAACAGUUAGUCCUGGAUGUAGAAGGGCGUGCUGCAAGCAGUGCUCUCAAACUUUUGCGUAUAGUACAGGUUCAAAGGUAGCUGGCACCAGCCAUCUCAAACGCCACAUAGCCAAGGGGACCUGCUCAGCUCUUCUACGCAACCAUGACCACAAUCAGUUGUCCCCAUAUACUGCAAGAACUAGGGGGAGUGGGGCUGGAAAUGCUAGCGAUACACCUAAAAGACGAUAUAAAUCCUCGAGUACCCCUUUCAUCAUUUUUGAUCAAGAUCAAUGCCGCCAUGAUAUUGCUAGGAUGAUCAUUAUGCAUGAUUACCCCCUUCACAUGGUUGAGCAUCCAGGCUUUGUUGCAUUUGUCCAAAACCUGCAGCCUCAGUUCAAAAUGGUGACCUUUAAUUCUAUCCAAGGAGAUUGUGUUGCGACGUACCUGAUGGAAAAGCAACAUAUUUUAAAGUAUAUUGAGGGAUUACCUGGGCGUGUUUGUUUGACACUGGACAUUUGGACAUCAAGUCAAUCUUUAGGUUAUGUAUUUAUUACAGGGCAUUUUGUUGAUCCUGAUUGGAAGUUGCAGAGGCGAAUUCUCAAUGUUGUAAUGGAACCAUAUCCUGAUUCAGAUUCUGCACUCAGCCAUGCUGUAGCUGUUUGCCUUUCUGAUUGGGGGUUGGAGGGUAGGCUUUUUUCUGUCACUUGUAAUCAAGCACUGAGUAAUGUUGCCCUUGAAAAUCUCAGACCUUUACUCUCUGUGAAGAAUCCACUUAUUCUCAAUGGUCAGUUGCUAGUUGGUAAUUGCAUUGCCCGUACUUUAAGCAGUGUUGCUAAGGAGUUGUUGGGUUCAGCAGAAGACUUGAUUAAAAAAAUCCGUGAUAGUGUAAAAUAUGUGAAGACUUCAGAAUCACAUGAGGAAAAAUUCUUGGAGCUGAAGCAGCAUCUUCAGGUUCCCAGUGAAAGGAGCCUUUUUAUUGAUGACCAACUUCAAUGGAAUACAUCGUAUCAAAUGCUUGUGGCUGCUUCUGAGCUGAAGGAAGUUUUUUCUUGUUUGGACACUUCUGAUCCUGAUUACAAGGGAGCCCCAUCUAUGCAGGAUUGGAAGCUGGUUGAGAUCUUGUGUAGCUACUUGAAGCCACUUUUUGAUGCAGCAAACAUUCUUACUACAACAACUCAUCCCACUGCUAUUACCUUCUUUCAUGAAGUUUGGAAAUUGCAGUUAGAUGCGACUCGUGCAGUUACAAGCGAAGACCCCUUCAUUAGCAGGCUUAAUAAAAUUAUGCAUGAAAUGAUUGAUAAAUAUUGGAGAGAGUGUAGUCUGGUGUUGGCACUUGCAGUAGUGAUGGACCCUCGUUUCAAGAUGAAGCUUGUGGAGUUCAGUUUCACAAAAAUUUACGGGGAGGAUGCGCAUGUGUAUAUAAAGACUGUGGAUGAUGGAAUUCACGAGCUGUUUCAUGAGUACGUGGCUCUUCCACUGCCACUAACACCGGCCUAUGCUGAAGAUGGAGGUGCUGGAAGCCACAGUAAGAUGGAGGAAUCCCCAGUGUUGACAGAUAAUGGUCUUACAGAUUUUGAUGCCUACAUCAAGGAAACUACUAGUCAACAUCUGAAGUCUGAGUUAGAUCAGUAUCUUGAAGAAUCGCUGUUACCACGCGUACCAGAAUUUGAUGUCUUAGGUUGGUGGAAGCUAAACAAACUCAAGUACCCUACUCUUUCCAAGAUGGCUCGGGAUAUAUUAUCUGUUCCGGGGUCUACUGUUGCUCCUGACUCUGGGUUUUAUUCAAAAAGCAAAGAGAUGGAUCGUUAUCGGAGUUCCUUGCGGCCAGAGACUGUAGAGGCCCUUGUAUGUGCUAAGGACUGGAUGCAGUAUGGAACACUUGAAGCUUCUAAUGCGCUUGUGCAAAUGAUAUUUUAGAUUCUUAUAGCCUGUAUUAUAUAUGUAGUUGGUGGCUGCAUUUUUAUUUGAAUUCUCCGAUAGUAUAUUACGUGAGAAUUUAUCUGUUGUCGUCUUGUGUAACAGUAACAUGCUCGAAUUCAUGUUUCCCUAUUCCAUGGGCAUAGUCGUGGUUCAAAUGGGGAAUCUGCCCUCCCCUAAUGCCAACAUUGGGACAUUGAUUUCAAUAUUUAGUAGUUGUUUCGUUAGAUUAGCUGUAAACUUGUUUUGUUGCCGCUGGUCUAAAGGGAUCUUAUUUUUAUCUCACCCCAGUUACAGUUUCUGUUA